AUGAGCGGACAAACAACACUCGAAAGAGAAAUUUCCAAGCUCGAAGCUUAUACAGAUUUGUCGGUCGAUUUUGAAAUCCUGUUCAACCGCAGAAUGUUCAUUUCCCUAAAGGUGGAAUCACACCGUAGAGCUUUAAUUGACCGAUGGGUUGUAAAGAGUUUGAUGUCUGACGUUGAUGAUGAAGUCAAUCACUAUUCCAAGGAUGAGGAUUAUUCCGAGCAAGCUAAGGAUGAUUUGGAAAAUAUUGAUGAUGACAAUAUCGAGGACAUUAUGGAUGAUGAAGACGAUGUGGAUGACGAAGAAGAAAAU